AUGAAGUUAACCGUCAUCCUGCCCAUCAUCGGCGCAGCCCUAGCUGUUGCAUCUGCCAUUCCAAAUGACGCACUAGAAAGUCGGCAGGCCAAGAGGUGCAAGAUCUUCCAGAUCUUCAGAACACCGGAUACGACUGCGGGUGGCCGGCCAGGAUUUGUCGGCACACCCCAGUGCUGCUGCCAGAAUGAGCAGUGUCAUGUCAUUGAUAGAGGCAAUGGCAUUAAUACGUCAGCGAACUUGAACAUCUUCCUUACCGGAGACUUCACAAUUAUCGACGUCCGCAGCCAAGACAAGGGGAAGGUUGGGUCGAACGAUAUUCGGGGUGCUACUUACACUGUCGCGUCACAGGGAGGUUGCACUAAAUAA